AUGUUCCACAGACGCCCCCGGGAAUCCACCUCGUCCAAGAGGCAUCAUCGCUGUGCCGAACCGCGGUGUCGAGAACCCCAUAGCAGCAAGGAGCACCACCGCGAUGCCGAAGGGAGGAACCGCCGAGACGACCACCACCCGCGUCGCCCCACCGAGUAUUAUCGCGAUGGAUACGACGGGCCCGAGGAGCGGGAGAGAGGGUACGAGGCGCGGUACCCCGAGGCAGGACGAGACCAUGCCGCUGACUACUGGCCGCCGCCGCACGCACGCGCCGACGGGAGCCCCGUGGACGCAGCAGGUCGAGCCGACACGCCCUUCACAGACGCGUCGCAACAGCCGUACUACUAUGCCCAACCGGCAACACACAGUCUCCUGCCGCCGCCGCAGCAGCAGCAGCAGGAACCACACAGUCCCGCCGGGCAGCCCUGGUCGCCCGCGCCGCCGUCGUCGCAGACGUACUGGGAGCAGCACGGAGCCGCCGCGGCGCCAUCGCCAGCGCCCUUCCUAUCGCGCGUCGCGGGAUGGGAUACGGAUACGUGGGAGGUGCCGGCAGCCGAGGACGGCCGCGGCUGCGGCGGUGGUAGUGGCCGCGGCGACGCCGGGUCCGUGGCGGGGAGACGGCAGACGUCGUGGGCGCUCGGGGACGCCGCCAACACGGAGAUCGUGGUGUCUCUUGACCCCCGGUAUCUGACGGUCCCACUCAACCUCAGCUUCCACGUCACCAUCGACGCCACGGGUCGCAUCGCCGUCAACACGCUCAGCGAAGGAGGACCCGGGUGAGAUGGAUCAUCGCAAAGACGUACGUGGCUUGGGACGGCGGAAUAAAGAUCUGUGUGCUUGCCGCAACGGCUGGAGGUUGGCCAUGAUGAAAGUGUUUUGGAAGCUUAUACCGAGUGACCGGGCAACACAGACGGCAAUAACGAAAUAGAAUACCACGAUCAAUAUCAAUUAAUGUAAAACCAGCGCUGGAGUCAU